UUUUCUACAUCAUAGAAAUAUAACAGAAAUAUUUUUGCUACAUUUCUGAGCUAUUAUAUAGAAGAAAGGAGAAUUUCUACAUAGGAUGUGAAACAUACAAUGUUAUGUAUCUAACAUGUAACAUUUACUAUUUGCACAGUGGGAUACUCGUUCAAGCUUAUGUCUAUUUAUCAGAUAUCCACUAUGGUAAAACUGAAAGAAAACUCCUCCUCACUGAUGUGGCGGAAACUUAGUCAUAUUGACACAUACAAAUCUAUUAUGAAAGAAAAAAUUAUCGCUCUGUAAAGGUAGAUAUUAAUAGUUAAAGUUAACCAAUAUGACAGGUCCCACUAUGCAAAUAGUAAAUGUUAUAUAUAACAUACGUAACAUAUAUGUUUAAUAUCCUACACGGAAAUGUUUCUUCUACAUAAUAGUACAGAAAUAUGGAUCGACUGAAGCGUGUUAUCAAUAAACCACAACGCUAUCAGACAACAUCAUCUGAUGAGGAUGAAAAACGUCCAAAGCGUAAAAGGAAUCCAGCACCAUCUUCCGCCGUGGAUUUGGACGACGAUAUUGAUGACAUCAGAGCGAUUAUCGAACAAAAUGAGAAUUCUACAUUUAACAUACAACCACGAAUAACUCAAACAGAUACACAGAUACAACAAUACACAGGACUAUCGACACGCCCAACAAUUAUCUCUGAUACAGGAUACAUUCCACAAAAGCUUCCACAUAUAAAUACAGAACAUGUUGCACACAUAGAAACAUACACAAAUAUACCAUACUCUCCACAAAUGCAGACAUAUAUAAACACAGGACAAAGAUACACAAACAUAGGAUCUUCUUCAAACACGCAAACUCAUACAAACACCACUAAUAAUACCAAUUUUACACUACACACAGAACAUGAUAAAACAUAUUAUUUGAAUAAAAUAUUGCUUCCAUUGCAGGAAAUGAGAUCAGCCAUGGCCGUACAACAGCACCCAGGUCUUCAACAACGAGAAUCCCAGGUCUUCAACAAUGAAUAUGAAGGAUACACAAAUCCUUAUGUAGAAGAGACAGCACAGAAGGGCAUCACAAAUAAUGAAAAAAUAAUGAAACGACUAGACGAUCUUGAUACAGAAAUGAAGUAAGUAUUUUAUAUAUAGAUAUUAAUAGUUACAUUUAACCAUGAUAGAUUCUCACUAUGCAAAUAGUCAUCGUUACAUAUUAGAUAUGUAAUAUAUAUAU